AUGGAAAAGAACUCUUUCCCGUGGCGUGGAGACGAAGAGAAGAAAAUGCUGAACAACUACGCUAGAAUUGCGAGGAUCGACGAGGGCAUCAGAUUUGGUUGCGCGGGAGCUCUCAUUGAUAAGACUGAUUUCGCCACUUUGCUUGAAUGCGAUUACCACAUGUUCCACUAUAUGCCCGGUUUCUUUCCAAAAGACGACAACCUCAACCACAAUUCAAGUCCAAAAGAUAUCGAAGACAAAUUCAAGCAGAUGGUCGCCGACGGGGAAAUCUACAUUUUUUACGGAGGAACUGGGCCAAUUCAUGGAAAAUUCGUAAAAGUGAAGUCGACCAAGAAAAUGGAAACACACAUGUUUCUCGAAACCGUCGAAGAAUUCGAACGUCCUGCAUCAAUAACUCCCAUCGCGGACUUGACAAUGUACAACAAGAAGGUAAUGCAGGAAGCAAACGAAGACUGUGUGCUGUUUGGAUCGUAUAGAUACGAGCACUACUUUCUCAAUCAUCCGAAAAACAGUUUCUUCGCGAAGAUCAACGUCCGUUUCCAAGAUCGAGACGAGGCGGAACGACGACCGAUUUUGCGAGUGAAUCCGCGGAACCCACCGAGAGAAGGCGUUGGCUUUAUUCCAACCUUUGAAGAAUUCGGAAGCCCGAUUUAUUGCAAGGACAGUGGAAAAUGGUUUCUGAUGGCGUUUCUUGACAAGACCUCGCUCAAAACGAUCGCGCAAAUCGACGAGCUCAUAGAAUCAUCAGAAAAUCCAGACUGGCCUGAUGAAAUAUUCGAACCGAUGCAGAGUGAAUUCCGAGUUAAACGAGACAAUGCUGAGAUUUACAUUUACCUUCUUACCGAAUAA